AGUUCUGUUUGCAGAAACAUUUGAUAGAAUUAAUCUCUCACAAGUCACGAUGGCAUUGACUCCAAAAAUUGUUAAGUUAAACCAAGUAGAUUUCAACUCUGCCCUUGCUCCUGAAAAAUGGAGCAUUAUCCAGGAAAACACUUUGGCUUCUACUUCCUUAAAUCACUUAACCAAUCUACCUGAUCAACACUUCUCCAACUCUAAAGUACUUUCGCAGGAUGAUAUUUGCGUUAAGCAUCAUGGGGAAAGGUUGAGGGCAUUUAAGCAAACUCUAGCCAAAACGAGUUGUGAAGAUGCCGUUGAGGGUUUAGUCAUGAUUGAUGCUAUCCAACGCCUUGGCAUUGAAUAUAAUUUCCAGGAGGAAAUUGAUGCAAUUUUGAAAAGACAAUAUUUGAUACCUACCACUAAUGACUAUGAUCUUCAUGAGACUGCCCUUCGCUUUCGACUCUUGAGACAAGAGGGUUACCAUGUCCUCCCAGGAGUAUUUAACAACUUUAAAGACGAGGGAAAAUUCAAGAAGGAGCUGACAGAUGACAUCAAAGGACUAAUGGGUUUAUAUGAGGCUUCGCAGCUGAGCAUAGUAGGAGAAGAUAUACUCGAUGAAGCUGCAGACUAUAGUCACAGGCUUCUAAAUUCAUCCACGACACAUCUUGACGAUACUCAAGCCAGAAUAGUAAAGAAUACACUCCAAUACCCACAUCACAAAAGCUUGAGCAGGUUCAUGGCCAAAAGCUUCAUUAGAGAUUUUCAGAGGCCAAAUGGGUGGAUGAAUGAACUACAGGAACUAGCGAAGAUUGAUAUGAAGAUGGUCCAGUCUCAACACCAGCAAGAAAUUCUUAAAAUAUCAAGGUGGUGGAAAGAAGUGGGUUUGUCUAAAGAACUAAAGUUCGCAAGAAACCAGCCACUAAAAUGGUAUAUGUGCUCCAUGGAGACCCUUGCAGAUCCAAGCUUAUCAGAGCAGAGAGUAGACCUCACAAAACCCAUCUCUUUUAUUUUUUUAAUAGAUGACAUCUUCGACGUUUAUGGGACUCUAGAUGAACUUAUAUUAUUUACAGAUGUUAUUAACAGAUGGGACAUUGCAGCCGCUGAACAACUGCCAGACUACAUGAGGAUCUGCUUCAUGGCUCUUGACAAUAUCACUGAUGAAAUUAGUCACAAGGUCUAUAAACAGCUCGGCUGGAAUCCUGUAGACUCUCUGCGAAAAACGUGGGCCAGUUUGUGCAAUGCAUUUCUAGUAGAAGCAAAAUGGUUUGGUUCUGGACAGUUGCCAAACGCCGAAGAAUACUUGAAGAAUGGAAUUAUUAGUUCAGGCGUUCACGUGGUUCUGGUGCACAUUUUCUUUCUACUGGGUCAUGGUGUUACCAAGGAAAAUGUGGAACUCAUUGACAAUCAUCCACCCAUAAUAUCUUCUACCGCUGCAAUUCUUCGUCUCUGGGAUGACUUGGGAAGUGCCAAGGAUGAGGAUCAGGAUGGGCAUGAUGGAUCGUACGUGGAAUGUUACAUGAAGGAAUAUAAAGGAUGUUCGGUAGAAAGUGUAAGAAAGAAGGUAAACGACAUGAUUUCAAAUGCAUGGAAACAGCUCAACCAAGAAUGCCUCUCGCCAACUCCAUUUUCAUCGACUUUCAACAAAGCUUGUCUUAAUCUUGCAAGAAUGGUUCCAUUAAUGUACGGUUAUGACGAUUGCCAAAACCUUCCACUUCUUGAAAGCCAUGUCAAGUCUAUCCUGCCGGACAAUUUCUCUUAAUUGUACUGUAAAACAGUAAUUCUGAAAAUAAUCAUGUAUUUGAUAAUUCCUCGUUAUAAUAGCAAUGUAAAGAGGAUAGGAAAAUAAAGAAGUUUCAGUAAGGGUGAAUUACAGUUUAAUAUCUUUAAUUUGUAAAAUAUUUUAAAUUAAGAUCUC